AUGUGCGAUGUAAUAUUCAAUCCAAUUAGAGACGACAAAGACAUCGCUUCAAUGGACGAGAAAGCCGCAAUGAAGCAACAACUCGAACGAAAUUCGUUGCGCCUUCGUGAGUUCGACGGAUUUGAAUAUCUCAUGUACGAUCCCAAAUCGUUGAGCGAUGUCAAGAUAAUCGUCGAGGGUGAAACGGUGAACGCUCAUAAGUGCAUCCUGGCUAAAAGCAGCCCCGUGUUCCUCGAAGACAUCAAGCUCGACGUCUUCAUGACGAUGCUGCGAUACAUGUAUGCCGGCCAGAUAUGCCUCCCAUCGACACCGAGCUCGGCGACCGACUUGAUGGAACGAUUGAAGACCGUGUGCGGCAGAGCGAUGUGCGAAACUUUGAGCGUCGCGAACGCCGUGGAGUGCCUCAAAAUCGCUGAUCGAUAUCAGGUGGAGGUUUUCAAGGCCAAGGCUGUAGAAUUCAUUCUUUCGCACGCGGCUGACUUUGUCAAUAAGCCGGAAUUCAAGCUGCUGACCGAAGUGCCGGACGUUCUCUUCCAAGUUUGUCGCGCGCUAUGGGGAACAAGAAAAGUGAAUCGUUAA